AUGUCUACUCCUGAUACAUGGCCGAUCAACUACCCUGCUCGUGCCACCGGCAGAUCUCCGUUGUGGAUUAACCGCCAAGUCAAAAAUGUCAUCAAAUGGCUCGAGAUUGGCGAAGAAUUCAGGGUUAUCGCAAAAGAAGAAAAUGUGUACGAGGAUUUCGGCAAAGGAUACCCUGAGCGUCGCAACCUCAUCAGAAUCCAGCUCCAGGAUGAGCCUGAUGGCACAGGCGGACCUUAUGGCUUUGCACUCAGUGCCUAUAUGGCAAUCGGCAAGACCGCCGACAUGAACACGCCUAUGACUCUGCAAAUUCCCCCAAGGCCACCUCCAUCAGCUCUUGUCUGGGACAACCGUAACGCAACGGGUCCUAGCACCGUAUUCGGCAAGACCGUUCUUGGACUCGUCGAGCAAGACUACAAGCAAAGAGAUCAGAUGGCUACCUACAAUCACGCCAUGGACGACUUGAACACAGCCGAGAAACAAGCAGAGGUGGCACACACAAUCUGGAAAGGAUUUGCUCUCGUCCAAGUCGAAGGGUCAAGCCUUGCUGACGUUCUCGAGAAGAAAGACUUUCAUGUAAAUGAGCUGAAAAAGAUUGAAGAGAUCCAUAGCGAAUGGCGGCAUUCUAAGUUGAGCGAUGACGCUAACAUCCUAUACGGCGAAAUCCUUUCCGACUUUGCCAACGAACCCGACAGAGAGGACGAGAUGUAUGGUGGUAGAACAUGUCGUCCUCGCCAAAGAAAGGGAGAACAUGUCAACGCAGCAGAGGAGGUUGCAAGACUCGGAAACGCUUCUCAAUAUGGACGCAGCGCACACUACAGAGCAUCUGCUACGGCUCAGGAGAGAAGAAUGGUUCCCCUUUGCGUUUUACCUAAGGAUUGGAAGUACACAUUCCUCGCAGAGCAGAUUCUUAAUCAGCUCUUCCAGCUGUACUCAGAGAACGUUCUAAGCUUUGGUCGCAAUCAAAGAACGGCCGAGACCGGCACUGCUGCUGCCAAGUAUUGGAUUGAUUCGGAACUGGCAUGGAUGCUACAAGAAAUUGCAUCAAAGGUGUUUGAGAAGACUGGAUGGCCUGGAGCACUAAAGCGCCCAGCAACUCUUGCUCCUUUCGGAAGCACGGUCGGCCUUAUGUGGAAAAGCCCGAUUGCUGACGCACACAACUACCAGCGGACUCUAUACACUCGGUCUAGAGACGGCGAAUACUUGCUCUUUCGUCGUUCGCCACUCCCAAAACCGAAGGUUUUGUCUGUCUUCGGAAAUAAUCUACUUCUCGACGGUGCCACUUACCACGUUCCUGACGGCGUUCUUUUGCAUCCGGUCAUCGAGCUUACCGUGUCCGGUCAGGCUCACCCAAAGCCCUGGGCCUGUAUUCCGAACUGUUUCGGCACCAAUGACGUACAGCUGGCUAACUCGUGGGCUUUGAGGCUCGAGUGGCUUGAAGGCACUACCUGGAAGGCUAUCUACGUUCAAAGUGUGAGCAUGCACCCUAUCUCUGGCGAUAAAGGUAGGCCUUGCGCAUUCGCAAACUACACUAAGAGCAUUGUCAUCAAUCACCGCCUCCGUAACACGACUUUCACUCCAGGCCCUGGACUUGAGUUCUUACGCGAGCAACUUAAGAAGACUUCGCUUCUUAGAGCGGUCGUUGUAGAGACGGACUGGCUUACUAGGACUAUCCAAGUAUCCAGAUUUAACGAGCCCCCUCGAGCCGUGACCCCGGCCAACAAUCCUCGCCUCCUGACUGUCGCCGAAGUUAUGGAAAAGUACCAAGCAGCUGCCCUUACCGACACCUAUCGCUACUGGGAAAAUGGCCCCCAAGAACGCCAAACGUGCGACCUUCACAUGGCCCGAGGGACCCUAAGUCCCGAUUGUCGCGAAGAUUGUAUGCUAUGUCAGCGAUUCAACACCUUGCGCACAUUUACUCCAAUCAAAAGCCUUAAGGAUUCCAAGCUUUGGGCAUUCUUAGCCAGCGCAAAGGCGGAGCACUGGGUUUACAAUGUUCCUAACCCUGGUCUACAGACCUUUGACAUGGAGCUGCUACCGGAACAUACUGAGCAAGAAACAACAGAAGAGGCUUAA